AUGUCUCUUUUUUCCAAGCAGAACUAUAAUAUGGAUUUAGAGCUCAAGGACUAUUAUAACAAGACACUUACCACAGAAAAUAAUACUGCUGCCACUCACAAUUCUGAUUUCCCUGUCUGGGAUGACUAUAAAAGCAGCGUUGACGACUUACAGUAUUUUCUUAUUGGGCUCUAUACAUUUGUAAGUCUUCUCGGUUUUAUGGGGAAUCUACUUAUUUUAAUGGCUCUCAUGAAAAAGCGUAACCAGAAGACUACAGUAAACUUCCUCAUAGGAAAUUUGGCCUUUUCUGAUAUCUUGGUUGUGCUAUUCUGCUCGCCUUUCACACUGUCUUCUGUCUUGCUAGAUCGGUGGAUGUUUGGCAAGAUCAUGUGCCACAUUAUGCCUUUCCUUCAGUGUGUGUCAGUUCUGGCUUCCACGUUAAUUUUAAUAUCAAUUGCCAUUGUCAGGUAUCAUAUGAUAAAACGUCCUAUAUCUAAUAAUUUAACAGCAAACCACGGCUACUUCCUGAUAGCUACUGUCUGGACACUAGGUUUUGUGAUUUGUUCUCCCCUUGCAGUGUUUCACAGUCUUGUGGAACUUCAGGAAACAUUUGGUUCGGCAUUGCUGAGCAGCAGGUAUUUAUGUGUUGAGUCGUGGCCGUCUGAUUCAUAUAGAAUUGCUUUUACUAUCUCUUUAUUGCUAGUCCAGUAUAUUCUCCCCUUGGUUUGUCUAACUGUAAGUCAUACCAGUGUCUGCAGGAGUAUAAGCUGUGGAUUGCCCAACGAAGAAAACAGACUAGAAGAAAAUGAGAUGAUCAACUUAACUCUUCAUCCAUCCAAAAAGACUGAGUCUCCAGUGAAACUCUCCAGCAGCCGUAAAUGGAGUUACUCGUUCCUCAGAAAACAAAGAAGAAGAUACAGUAAGAAGACGGCAUGUGUGUUACCUGCUCCAACAAGAUCUUCUCAGGAGAACUAUUUGAGAACGCUUCCAGGAGACUUUGGCCCUGUGAGAAGUCAGCUCUCUUCCUCCAGUAAGUUCAUACCAGGGGUCCCUACCUGGUUUGAGAUGAAACCUGAAGAAAACUCAGAUGUUCCUGAAACGAAAGUAAAACGUUCUGUCACAAGAAUAAAAAAGAGAUCUCGAAGUGUUUUCUACAGAUUGACCAUAUUGAUAUUAGUGUUCGCCGUCAGCUGGAUGCCGCUACACCUUUUCCAUGUGGUAACUGAUUUUAAUGACAACCUUAUUUCAAACAGGCAUUUCAAGUUGGUGUAUUGCAUUUGUCAUUUGUUAGGCAUGAUGUCCUGUUGUCUUAAUCCAAUUCUAUAUGGAUUUCUUAAUAAUGAGAUUAAAACUGACUUAAUGGCUCUUAUACACUGUCUUCAUAUGUCAUAA